AUGGAGAGAAAGUUUCCAAGUGACACGGAGAUAAAUCCGAAGGAACAUUGCAAGGCCAUCAUAUUGAGAAGUGGCAAGGAAGUUGGGGAAAAUAUACCUACAGAAGAAACUAUUGUCACCCAUGACAAGGAAGAAGAACAGCCAAAUGCAACACUAGAAAAUAAAUCAAAGAAGCACGGAAGGAUUACAAGCCUUACUCUAUAUCCUUCCCUAAUAACCCACCAAUCAUCAAACCCACACUCCCAUUUCCACAAAGAUUUCAAAAGAAGAAAUUGUAUGCGCAGUUUUUCCAAAUUCUUGGGUAGUUUCAAGAAGAUUCAUAUUAACAUUCCAUUUGCUGAUGCUCUAGAACAAAUGCCAAACUAUGCAAAGUUUAUGAAGGAGGUGAUGUCAAAAAAGAGGAAAUUGGAGGAAUAUGAAACGACGAAGUCGACAGAAGAAUUAGUGAAAUUCUUCAAAGGAAGGAUCCAGAUAGCUUCACCAUUCCAUGCACUAUUGGAGACUCCUCUUUCAAUAAAGCUCUUUUUAGCUUAUCGAUCCCUCACUUACCCACGAGGAAUUAUUGAAGAUGUGUUGGUGAAAGUCGACAAAUUUAUUUUCCCAAUAGAUUUUGUAGUGUUGGACAUGGAAGAAGAUCAAGAAAUUUCAUUGAUCCUAGAUAGACCUUUCCUAGCAACUGGGAAAGUUUUUAUCGAUGUCCAAGGAGGUCAGUUAACCUUAACAGUAAAUGAAGAAGAGAUGAGGUUCAAUAUCUACCAAGCAAUGCAAUUUCCAAAUGAUACAAACACAUGCCACAAAAUAGACUUUAUUGAUGCUGUAGUAAAAGAAGAAGAUGUACUCAUUGAAGACCACCUGGAGCAUUGUAUGAUGAUGAGUGCAACACGGGAUGAUGUUACCGCCUCAGGAGAGUAUACGGGCUACAAAGUCCUUGUUGAUUACAUAUCAGCUCUUGAAUCUUUGCCAAAUGGAAAUGUUCCAUCAAAGAAUGAAGAUAUUCAACAGACAAUGGAACCUAACUAG